AAUAAUAAACUGAGACUCAACCAAACAAGUUCCUUUUUUUAGUGAACUUUGAAUUUGGACUCAGGAGAGGAAGAUGUUUUUCAAGAAUACUGAACUUAAAAGAUGAUGAAAAACUGUCAGUAAAUGAGGAGAGGAAUCUGUGAUCUGGUGGUUUAGGUUUCAGUGAAAACAGUCAGAGUGAAAGUGAAAGUAUGUGAGCUGAAAAACAGACUCCAUUUUGACAAACGAACAGAGCAGAGAGAGGAGAGGACGAGGAGACAGGGUGAGUGUUUACUCUGUUUUUGUUUUAAUGUUAAACUCUUAAUCUGUAUUAUCCGUUAAUAAAAUUGGAUUUACUGACUAAAACACUUUAAAACUGUAAAACAAAGAAACCUGAGCAGACAAAGAGCUGGAUCAGUUCUUCAUACAGGAAACUGUGUACGUGCAGUUCUUCCUCCUCUUUGUUCAGACUUGUCUUUGUGGUAAAAACUAAAAUCAGAAUCUUUUUAGCGUCUAAAUUCAAGUUUAAUCCAGUCUCCUUAAGUUUUUAUGAGAGUUCAGGGACCUCACAGCUGAUUUUGUUUUUUACCUUGAAUCAGAUAAGGAUCAGAGAGAGACCCUGCAGGGUGGGGAGACAUCAGAAGGUCUUGAUAUUAAACCCAUAGACAUAUAUAAGAAAGGUUUAUAUACAUAUAUCUAUGAUUAAACCUGUAAAACUCUUAAAGAGGGGGAUGAAGCUGUUUUCAGACUCUGUACUUCCUUUCUGAUUCCUCUUUUAUUUUGAAACUCUCUCUUUAUGUUUGUGUCUUACCUGUUUGUCUACUUUGUCCUCAGGUUGUAUAACUUGGUUUCAUCUUCCAUGAAUUUGCACAACAGAAGAUGGAGAAGAUGAGUGAUUGUAUUGAGGAAGAGGAGGACAGAGCAAAGUCUGUCAUGUCGGACUGUCUGUCUAUGAAGAGUGACCGGUCUAAAGGUGAACCUCUAUACUUCCGUAAAGAACCAGGACCAUCAGAGGAGGGCAGAGCAGAGUCUGUCAUGUCCAACUGUCUGUCUAUGAAGAGUGACCGGUCUAAAGGUGAUCCUCUAAACUUCAGUAAAAAACCAGGACCCUCAGAUUCACAGUAAGAAAAACACUUUUCACCCUCCAAACUCUCAAACAACAACAACUGAUGUUCCAAAAACAGAACUCUUAAAUCCUGACCCCUCUGUUUUCUACCAUGAUGAGAAAAAUUAUCUCUUCUGCUUUCAAAACUGUGAUUUUCCUCUUUAACCUCCAACCUGGAUAAAGGUCUGGUAAAGAAAAAGUCACUGAGCACAGAUUUACUUAUUAUUCACCAUGUUGAUAAAAAUGAAGGUGGUAUAAAACAGCAUUUAAAAAGGAUUCUGACUUCUUGUAUUUUCUGAUUUGGUUCCUGUGUUUGGGACGUUUUGAGCCUGUUAGUCUUUGGACUGUGGUGUAUAGACACCAGAAAACAGUCUGUGGAUCAGAAAAUACCAGAAGACCAAAGAAGAAAUAAAUCCUGAGAAAUAAAAACUCAUUCAGAGCAUCUGUCUGUUAUUAGAGCUUUAGAUCUGAUUGUUAAAAAAAGUUUGAAACUGUCAGAGAAAAUCUCUCGACCUUCAAAAAUCACAGUUGAGUUUUUUCUCCUGUCUCCACACUUUGAGGCAGCAGCAGCUGAAUAUUUUACUGUUUUAUGUUAGAGAAAAGAGAAACUCUGGUUUAAUAAAUGUUUCUUAUUCUGUAUCUUUCAAACAUGAAAUGAUAAAGAAAAUAAAUGUUCUUUAUUUCCACAGAGAGACACAGAGAUUUGGCUUUAUGAAGAAGCUGUUCAGAUAUUUCUUCCCUGAUCGAAGUAAGUCUGAACAUCUGUCCUUUAAACCCUAAACUACACAAUUUCUGCCUGAAUUAUUUUGAUUAUUUUAGCCACAAAAUUGUCAGAAAUUGUCCUAUAACGUAAAUUUACUAAAAACGACACAGAGAGCACUUCAUUCAUCCAGAAACCAACACAGAAAAUCAGCCAGUCAAACUUUACCUUUCUCUGUCUGAAGUUGCUCUGAAAACUGCUCCAUUGGUCCCAAAGCCAUCUGUAAACCUCAGUGGAGGUUUUCUCACCUAGGACAGUUGUAUUCUAGUCAUUUUCCUUUGAAAUAAUCACUUUUUUGUCACUUUUCUCUCUUUUUGCUCCGUUUCUCUGCUCUGUUGUGUGUCUAUCUGCUGCUUUCUUUGAGAGGGGGAGAGGGGACGGAGAGACAGAUUUUCUCACUAAACAGCAGAAAUGAAAUAAAAUGUAAUCCCGUCCUCAGCUUCCAGAAACCGUUGGAGUUUUUCUGACAGCACAAACUUUCCCACAGUUACGGUAAUUUAAAGAGCGCCUGUGUAAAGGUGUCGGCGCCGACAGACUGUGAGGAAAAGUCUGUGUGGAUGAAAACUCAGCUGACUGAUUUUCACAAAGACGUUUCAGUGUUGAGAAGUUUGGUUCAUUUGAUUUUCCUUCUCUUUCAGAAGAUGGCGGUCUGCAGGAGGUUUUAGAUGAACAUAAGAUCAGUCUGAAGGAGAGAUGUGAACGUGUGAAUGAAGGAAGUGAUGUAACAGGAAGUAGUCAAACCCUCCUCAACAGGAUCUUCACUGAGCUCUACAUCACAGAGGGACUGAGUGAAGAGGUGAACACCCAACAUGAGGUGAGACAGCUGGAGACAGCUUCAAAGAUGAAGACCCUCCAUGACACGCCCAUCAGGUGUCAUGAGAUCUUUAAAACCUUACCUGACCAACAGAAGAAGGUCAUCAGAGUGGUUCUGACCAACGGCGUGGCUGGUGUUGGAAAAACCUUCUCAGUGCAGAAGUUCACUCUGGACUGGGCAGAGGGUUUGGAGAACCAAGACCUCCAUCUGGUGGUCCUGCUUUCAUUCAGGGAGCUGAACCUGAUCAGAAAGAAGCGCUUCAGUCUUCUGAGUCUGCUCCAUGUUUUCCAUCCAACACUAGAGAAGGUCACAGCAGAGACGCUGGCUGUCUGUAAACUUCUGUUCAUCUUUGACGGUCUGGAUGAAAGCAGACUGUCUCUGGAUUUCACAGACUCUGAGGUGGUGUCUGACGUCACACAGACGUCUUCACUCAACGUUCUGUUAACAAACCUCAUCAAGGGGAACCUGCUCCCCUCAGCUCUCAUCUGGAUAACUUCUCGACCUGCAGCAGCCAAUCAGAUCCCUCCUUCAUGCGUGGACAGGGUAACAGAAGUACGAGGCUUCACUGACGCCCAGAAGGAGGAGUACUUCAGGAAGAGGUUCAGAGAUGAAGAUCUGUCCAGAAGAAUCAUCUCACACAUCAAGUCCUCCAGGAGCCUCCACAUCAUGUGUCAGAUCCCGGUCUUCUGCUGGAUCACUGCGACAGUUCUGGAGGACAUGAUGAGUAGAAAGAACAGAGGAGAGCUGCCCAAGACCCUGACGGACAUGUACUCACACUUCCUGCUGGUCCAGACUAAGAGGAAGAAGCAGAAGUAUGAAGGAGGACAUGAGACAAGUCCUCAGGAGCUGAUGGAGGCUGACAGAGAAGUCCUCCUGAAGCUGGGGAGGCUGGCCUUUGAACAUCUGGAGAAAGGAGACAUCAUGUUCUACCAAGAAGACCUGGAGCGGUGUGGUCUGGAUGUCUCAGAGGCCUCGGUGUUCUCAGGAGUUUGUACAGAGAUCUUCAGAAGAGAGAGUGUGAUCUUCCAGAAAACUGUUUACUGUUUCGUUCAUCUGAGCGUUCAGGAGUUUCUGUCUGCAGUCUACAUGAUCCACAGUUUCACAAAGAAGAGGAACACAGAAGCUCUGAAGACUUUCCUAAGAGGCAACGAAGACAAAGACAAAAUGUUUUCUUCAGAGAUGGUUUCCAGAUCUUUUAAAAACCUGGAUGACUGUUUCUCAUCUCUGGAUGUCUUCCUGAAGAGUGUCAUGGAGAAAUCCCUUCUCAGUAAAAACGGUCACCUGGACCUGUUUGUUCGCUUCCUUCAUGGACUCUCUCUAAAGUCAAACCAGAGACUCUUAGGAGGUUUGCUGGGUCACACAGACAACGGUCUAGGAAUGAUCCAAAGAGUCAUCAAGAACCUGAAGGAGAUGAACAGUGAAGAUAUCUCUCCUGACAGAAGCAUCAACAUCUUCCACUGUCUGAUGGAGAUGAACGAUCUGUCAGUUCAUCAGGAGAUUCAAGAGUUCCUGAAGUCAGAGAGCAGAUCAGAGAGACUCUCAGAGAUCCACUGCUCUGCUCUGGCCUACAUGCUGCAGAUGUCAGAGGAGGUUCUGGAUGAGUUGGACUUAAGGAACUAUAACACAUCAGCCCAGGGACGACAGAGACUGAUCCCAGCUGUGAGGAACUGCAGAACGGCCGAGUAAGUCCAGGUUUUAUUCUCAGAAUAGUGUAAAUGAUUCCUGUAGUUCUUCUAAUGUCCACGUUACUGAUGAUGUUCUUCUUCAAAUAGAAAUCCACUUAAAUAUCAGGGAGGGGGUUUCUUUAGCAAAAACAUGAUCCUGGUGUCUAAAGUCCUGUUAGCCCAGGAUGAGGUCUACCUGUGGACCCCUGAGAACUUGUCCUGAUUGUGGAGGACCUCUUUGUUUUGAAUCGUGUCUGUAAUGAAUAAAGUGGAACUUUCAGGACAAAUCAGCGACAAUAUCUGAGGACACACAGAGGUCUUCUGAUGAUGGUAUCAGUCCAGAUCAACAUCUCAGUCAGUUGUGGUGAACUUGAGUUUGAAGAAGGUGUCUGCAGCUUCUUCCUGCUGGUUUUCAGGUUGGAAAUGAUGAAUCUGUUGUAAAUGAGGGUGUUGACAGCAUUGAUGGUGAAAAUAGAACUGGAUCAUUUUCUACACAGUGGCAGAACUGUCUCUGUACCAUCAUGUUCAUCAUUCAAUAUUCAUCAUCAAUACAACCAUGAAAACUAACAUCAUUUUCCACCACUCACUGGAGAUUAUCUGCUGGACUAGAACAUAUGAAUGAUGAGAACACAGGAGGUAUUUGGACAGCAGCUCCAUGAGUCUGAAAACAAUGGUGGAGAUAGGAUGUUAAUGUCUCUCUCUCUCUCUCUCUCUCUCUCUCUCUCUCUCUCUCUCUCUCUCUCUCUCUCUCUCUCUCUCUCUCUCUCUCUCUCUCUCUCUCUCUCUCUCUCUCUCUCUCUCUCUCUCUCUCUCUCUCUCUCUCUCUCUCUCUCGGUGCUGCAGGUUGGCACUGACACUAGUCUGCCUCAUAACACCUCAUAGCAUGUAGAAACAGCCGUGCUCUUCCACUGUGUAUAUGGACACCAUGUCUCUAAGGAGAAGCAUCAUCAUCUUCAUCAUCAUCAUCAGUUUUCCAUGGUGUCCCUUGGUUGUCAUGGUGACGCAGAGUGAAGAUGAUUCCUCUAAUGUUGAGGUGUUGGUGGGCUGUAACUCGGCUGCACGCCUCUGUUUCAGAUGUUGAUGUAAGUUGGUCAGACUGCUGCCUUCUGCUGAAACAGCCUUUAAACAAACACUGCAGCAGACUGGGGUUUGAUCCAGGUCUGAGUCUGAGAGACUGAACCAGGUCUAAAGGACUAACAAACCGAACUGUUUUAGGGGGCAGAAAAGUCUGUUUUUGACCAUAACUAGCAUGACUGUAAUUAGGUUGAAUUAAUGCAGGUUCCCAUAUUGAUCCUCCAUAUUGAUAUUAUCAGGACUCAUUAUUGAUACCUCACUGCAUGAUUUAGUUAGGUAUCAAUAUUUUCAUUUUAAAAAAAUGAAGAAAAAGAAAACACGUUCAAAGAUGAAUCUGUUUUAUUUCCCCUGACUACAAAUGUUUCUUUCUGUAUGAAACACAAACUAGAAAAAUUCAAUCUGUUCUUUUUAAAGGAGUCAUGAGAACGUACGCCCCCUAGAGUUCAAAUAACCUCAGCCUUAUCUUUGACCACAGCUCUUCAGGUUUAACUUUGUUUUUAUUGUUAAACUAUCAUGAAGUAUUGGACAAUAAUGUGCUGAGAGAGAGAGACAAAGAAAGAAAGAGAGAGAGAGAGAUGACCAGAGCCCAAAGACAGAGGUUCAGUGGGUCUUUGUUUCUGUCUCUUAAAGGUCUCUCUGGAUCCAUCAGGUUUUAUAAACUUGUUUCUGCUGCUGAAGGGAAUGUUACAUGGAGAAAAAAACUUUGAUUGUAAAAACAAAGAAAUCUUCAAAUGUUCAGAGUCAAACCAGCUCUAACCUGCUAAAAAAUGAUUUUAUCUGAACCAAUCAGAGAAAAAGGAGCUGCUGUGAUUUAGUGAGUCGUCCUCUGAUUGGUCAACAGUCAGUGUCUCUCAAAAGUCUUACACUUCAGCAGGAUGUCAACGUUUAAUACUGAGAGGACCACUGAUCCUCCAAGAGGUACUCUGGAUACUAACCAAUCACAUACCAGGACCAAAAACCUGGUUCUCAGUCUCCUUCUCCAACCAGAACUCAAGAAUUCACUCAGUCAUAAUGAUCCAGCUGCACUAACAUGAAGACAACACUGUUAGAGAACAGAAGGACUAAAAUAAGUCAUGGAGUCAUUUGUCUUGAACAUCUGAACAGUUUUUUUUUCUUCUAAACUUUGACUUCCUGUCUUCUCUCAUGGCUGUGGUCCUGAUAUUAGUAUCUGUCUGGUUAAAAACAGGCCGUCUGUCAAACCAAAGAUCAUGUUUGUUUUUGGUGAAGAGAAACAUCAAAUUACCCUUUAAUGAAAUAUUGUUUAAUAUUUAUGUUGUUACAGAUUUACUCUCUGCGGACUCUCAAAGACUCACUGUGAAGUUGUGGCCUCAGCUCUGAAGUCCAACCCCUCCCAUCUGAGACAUCUGGACCUGAGUGACAACAAGCUGCAGGAUUCAGGAGUGAAGCUUCUCUCUGCAGGACUGGAGAGUCCAAACUGCAGACUGGAGACUCUGAAGUGAGACACUAUUUCCUUCUGAUCUAACAAUAAGAUGUGACAGCUGCUGCCUUAGAUUUUUCUCUGUGGUUUUUCCAUCAACUUUGGUCGAGCAGUUUGAAUUUGUCGUUGUAAAACUUCAAGACAGGAAGAAAAAUCCGACAUUUCAGAGUUGACUUUGAGGAGAACGAUGGAUGUAGAAAGGAAGCAGGAGAAAAUCAGUCCCACAAAUAUUACACAUGCUUGUAGAGGGCAGGAGCAGCACAGACUAAAGGCUGAUACUGAACUGAUCCACAGUUAAUGUGAUCACUAAUGAAUGAAUGAGGUGUCAGAGAAAUGAUGAGCUGCAGAUUGAAACCUGAAGAACAAAGUUAAUCCAACUCUGGAUAUUUCAUUUGGAAACUCUUGAAAACUUGAAUUUCUUCUUUGCUCAGUCGUGUUCAAAUGUAAAAAACCAGAUCCAGAUUUUUCUGCAGUUUUCACUUCAGUUUGUUGAACAUGAACAUCAUCUUGUCCAGUUGGUCCAUAAAAACCUCUCUGAUCAAUGAUCUGUUGGUUUAUUUAAGAGUAGUUUGGCAGUUGUUGACAGCAGACGGACAGACCCCUGAAUAAACUCCUGACUAUUUUAAUCUUCAUGAAGAAUUCAGGACUACAAAAAAACCUUUGAGAUUUCUCACAGGAGUUUCUCAGAAUCUCACUAAAGUUUUCUGUUUCUUUAAAAUUUUCUACACUGAAAAAUUCCUCAAAAAGAUCUUCAAAAAGUUUAUAGAGGAUUUUACAAAGUUCCUCAAGAUCAACUCUGAAAAAGUUCUUCUUCCAUGUCCUUCAGUGUUCAAGAACAUUGAAUCAUUAAAAGUUUCUUCAGAGGUUUAAUGAUUUUUUUCUUUUUUCAGACUGUGGAGCUGCAGUUUGUCAGAGAUCAGCUGUUCUUCUCUGGCCUCAGCUCUGAAGUCCAACCCCUCCCAUCUGAGACUUCUGGACCUGAGUGGAAACAAUCUGCAGGAUUCAGGAGUGAAGCUGCUGUGUGACUUUCUGCAGAGUCCAAACUGUAAACUGGAGACUCUGAAGUCAGACUUUUUUCCUCCAUUCAAACAUGAUCAUGAUUUGUUUGUGAUGAUGACACUAAACUGCUGACUCAGGACUGAAACACUGACCCAGACUGAACACCUUCAGUCCAGAGUAGAUUUUCUGCAUCAGUGGAUUAUUUGAUUGACUCCAGUUCGAUCACUGCUGAGCUCCAGUGAAUUAAAACCUGAACUCAAGAAGAAAACUCUUUGUAGAGUUCACAGUGAGAAGCUCAUUCAGACGGAAAACAGAAGCAGGGGGAGAUUUGUCAGACGAGAACCAUUCAAACUUUUGUUCAGGACAAGAUCAGGGACUAGAAAAAACUCAGAGUUUAGUUUCUGACUCUGAUGAAAGUCCAGCUCUGUUACUUUGAAUUUUGACUUUGAAUCUUUGUGGGAAAAUCUGAAUUUUAUGGUUUAUCUGCACUUUUCUGAAGCCUUGCUGUGUUUAGACUGAAAUAUGUGAACUUUGUAACAGGAUAUUGUUGGUUCAACGAAGUGAAAAUAUUCUGAACAUCCUUUAUUUCCCAUCCGUCCUGAAGUCGCUGACAUUUUCUGAAAAUAUUGAUCUGCAUCUACAAUCAGUAAAAAAGUCUCUGAGUUUUUUAUUUCACUAUUUAAUGUGUUUUUGAAUUCACUGUUUCAAACUGACUUCCUGUUUGGUUCAGCUCUUUGGAGCAUCACUUUUCUUUGAUUCAUACUUUCCAAAUCUUUCCCCUGAACUCUACAGAUUUAAGACAUCAGGUUUCAAACUGGAUCAUUUUUCUCUAAAAUCUCAUUAUUUUCUCUUUAUUUAGGUUGAGUCUCUGCAGUUUGACAGAGAUCAGCUGUUUUUCUCUGGCCUCAGCUCUGAAGUCCAACCCCUCCCAUCUGAAAGAUCUGGACCUGAGAAACAACAAUCUGCAGGUUUCAGAUGUGAAGCUGCUGUGUGAUCUUCAGGAGAGUCCAGACUACAGACUGGAGACUCUGAGGUCAGUAUAGAGUUAGAGUUAGUCUGUGCUGAUCUCUCCUGUUCCUCUCCACACAGUAUCACAGCAGAUAUUCAGUAUUUCCUGCUGACUCUUCGACCCUCUCAGAGGAUUAUUUCUUUAGUGAAGCUGUGAGAACAGAAAUCAUCAAACCAGGAGUGUAAGAGUGUCAGUGAUGAAAAAAGUGUCUCCUCGUCUCUAUAUUUCAGAUCAAAUGUAGAAAUGAGACAAAAUGAAACAGAAAUGUUCAGUUUCUGCUCUGAAGUCCAGUUUAUAGUUCUCUGUAUUCAACACAGACUUUAUUUCUCUGCUAACUUGUUGAUUUUGAGCUCUAAGUCUGAAAACAGACAGCUGUUCUUUAUACUUGUUAUUUUCACAGCAGGUUUGUUCGAUCAGCUUUAACACAUUUGACAGGAAUGAUUUCUUUAUUUUGAUGAUGUUGGUUUAUUUGUGAGGAAACCUGCUGCUUUACACCAUCACUUCUGGUCUGAGCAGGACUGAGACCUGCUGGUCUGUAAACUGGAUGUUCUCCAGUCCAGCUGAUGAAGUGAGUCUCAGAGCGGAAACACUGAUCGUCUGUUUUUCUCUCCUCAGAUGGAUGUAACAUCUGUCAGAGUGAUGAAGAAGAGGAUCAUGUGUUUCCUGAUGAUCAGAGAGGUGGAGGCAGCAGCAGUGAGGGUGAGGUGAGUCUCUGACUGAGAGACUGACUGACCAAUCACAGUGGGCGGAGAGGACUCUGGGAGCUGCACUUUGACCUGCUCUGAGAUCAGCUCAGGACCUGGACUCUGGAUAUUUGAUCUUUUCCCUCAUAUUCUGGGAUCAAACAGUCUGAACAGGUUUGUUUUGUUGAUGGAAACAUGAUCAUAAAUUUACACUUUGAUUGGAUUACUUUGUUUUUACCAUGAUGCAGCGCCACCCAGUGGAAAUAUUAAGAGGUGGAGUUGAUUUAUUUCCUCAUAUUUCAGGAGCAGGAGUUGAUACCAUGUGUGAGAGUAGAUCAGUCAGAAGUUCUGAUUAAACCCAAAGGUUUUUUCUUUCCUUUGCACCGUUAGAGACCGAAUAUAAACUGAAGGGAGAGGAAGAGAAGUGAGGAGAGAUGGAGGUGAAGGGAGGAGGAGGAGGACAGGGUUUGGGGUUUGAACAAAAAUCUGAAGCUUUAUUCUUUCACUUGAUUAUUUUUAUUCAUUCAUUUUCUUCUAAAUUUUCUGAAAUGAUUGUAAAUAUUGACUGGAGGUAAAUUGACCUUAUUUUCUAUUAUUAGACAUUAUUUUCCGUCUCUUUACAUGUUUUUGUUCUCAUAUCAUCUUUGUGCUCAUCAAUAAUCGAUUCCCUCCUGUUUGGAUGAACAAACACAAUUAUUAAACCAUAAAUGAGACCUGAGAGUAAAAGUAAAAUGUGUGAAAUAUAAUCAGUCAAAGGAAAGAUUCUUGAACAGACACAAAAUCAUUAUUUUUACUUGAUUAUGAUGGAGAAGUUUUCCUCUGACAGACAAAAAUAACCGUAUUGACUGGAGUCUGGAAAAAGUGAGAUCAGCAUCUAUUCAGGGUGAAGUCAUUAACGUGGUCGAUGCUGUUUUAUAAACUCAGUGUUGUUGAUUACAAUCUCAGCUUCAUAAAUUGAUGCUACAGUGGAGUGACUUCCUGUAAAAUCCACUGGCUUUGUGAGACCGUCAGCUUUCAGGAGAUCAGUUUGUGUUUCUGUGACACUCCAAAGCUUUUCUAUCCCACAGAGAAGAUCGGUGUGUUUUCAGAGACCUUCCUGAUCCCAUCCCUCCAAAAUGAAAAUAAUCUGAUGGUUUAUGGAUUAAUUUCAGUAACAAAGUGUCAUUUCUGUUGUUAGCCAAUCAGAGGCUGUAUCUGCCAUCAGCUGACCUGUAAAGAUCCAAUCAGAAGCCAGGACAGCUCAUGUCACAGUCUGCUCACACUACAGAAACAUUAAACAUAGAACUAUUGUGAACAGAUUUGUCCUCCUCAGCUUAUCUAGUAUCAAUAGAUCUAUGCUCUGUCUGUGUAACACUAUGUUGGUUCUUCAUUUACAUUAGAGCAUUUUUGAUUUCAUUUCACCAUCACAGCGUCAUUUAAAGAUAAUAAAAACUUGAUUUGAAACAAAACAUGUUAAAAACAUCAACUCAGCUUGUUUCAUUCACUGUGUCCAAUUGAUUAUUAUGAUUUUUAAUUCAAACAAAAACUAGAUUUGGUCUUUAAAAAGUCCUCAAAGUGAGUCUGAACAGUGGAGGAAGGUUUUCUCAUCAGGGUGCUCCUAUAUUCAGGUCAAUACGGUAGUGGAUCAUAGAGACUCAAAGCCUUGAUUCAGCUGAGGCUGGAGGACGCUGCGUGAAGGAAAGUCGUGUGUUUAGUUGGUCUUAGUUUUUAUUAAACAGGAACUUUGAUUUGAUCGUCUUUUCUUGGAGAUCAAACUUCCUGUUGGACUCAAAGAUGAAGUCUGUGAUCCCCGUCAGGUUUGGAGACUUUAGUCUCACAGCAGAGUGACUGUGGCUCUGAGAUGUUUGGACAUGUUGAAAUUGAAGCUUUUCUUUGAGGAAAACAAAGUUAAUCGUGCAGCACAGUUGAUUCAUGUGUUUUUAUUGGUGAUGUUCUCUCUAAGGUUAUUGUUCAUUCAAAGUAUGUGGUGGACAAAUCCAAACAUCUAACAAAAAACAAAGUAAAAUAUGAAGAUAAGAGAUUUCUGCAUGACAUCAACGAUAUUCUAGAUUUAGUUUUCUAAGCAACAGGUGGUCGUCUCUUAUAGGGGGUACUGUGAUCCAGAAAUCUGAAAAGGGGUUAUUAAAGCAAAAGAAGAAAAACACAUAUACUGUAUAUAUGUAUACAGUAUAUGUAUACUGUGUAUAUAUAUAUCUUUCUCUCUCUGUUCGGUGAGUAUGCUUCUUUUAACCCUCUCUUCAGCUUCUCCACACUCCAGAAAACUGUGGUCCUAGUGGGUUUAAUUUGUUGUUUUUAAAAUAAAGGGACACAUCUGAGUAGAUUACCAGCAGACCAUGAUCUGUCACCAUGCCAUCAGGUUACCUUUUUAACUAAAGACUCACCUCAUGAGGUUUUAAGAGGGUCCUUCAGGCAAAGGUGCAGGUGUCAUCAGUGCAGGGUCAGUUUUUCUUGUCUUAUUUAGAUAAUGUUUCCUCUAUAAAAGUGUGUAAAAAGUGUGUAUACACAUAUUUAUGGUACAAGUUAAAAUGUAAAGUGACCUCACACUCAUUCUGCAUUUCAACAUGGAUUUAUUUCUGAGUGUUAGGUUUCCUGUGCAGUGUUAAGGCUUUACAUGUGUCACCAGAAGGGGGCAGGAGAGCCUGCAUAAUCCCUCAGCCCUCACAUGUCUUUGUACUUACUGCAACAUAUCAACAGGUUGGGGGAACAGUUCUGUGGGAAGAUAAAGCAGAAGACCAGGAAGUCCCAAAAAAAGGUUGGCAGACUUUUUUGCAUCUGUGAGCUGUAGAGAAGCUGGGAGAGCAGCAGAGAGGUGUUUCCCAUGUCCUGCAGAGAGAAUCUCCUCUCAGAAAACAAGCAGGUUGUUUCUUUUCAACAGUCAGCGGAGACUUUCAGUCAUUGUUAAAGAACUUAAUAACUUGUGUCCAUAUGACUUGUUUUGUUGGUUUCACAACUGGAAGCAUGUGCUGUUAAUCCACUCUAAAAACCUUUAAGUCUCUAAGUCUUGGGGUUUGGCGAGUCAGGUUUGCUGGAUUUUGGUGUGGCUUAAACCCAAACACUUGGCCCUGUGGAGCUGAUGCCCAUCCCCCUCAAAACCCAAACAUUCACUCCUUCCAGACCCAUCCAGCCCCAACUUUGUGUUUUUGGGUUGAACACCCCUCUUUCUUGUACAGAACCCCCUCGGUGACCCUC